AUGGCGCCAUCAACACAGGCAUCCAAAGCAUUCUAUGAUUUUAUCGUUAUCGGAGGUGGUUCAGGCGGAAUGGCUGCUGCCAGAAAGGCUGCCGGAAUACACGGUGCUAGUGUGGCACUGAUAGAAAAAUAUCCUGUCUUGGGUGGUACUUGCGUGAACGUUGGAUGCGUACCUAAAAAGGUGAUGUGGAAUACUUCUUCUUUGUUUGAGACCAUUCGUCAAGCCAGGGAUUAUGGAUAUGAUAUCCCUGGGGAGGUCAAGUUCAAUUGGUCCAUGUUGAAAGCAAAGCGUGAUGCUUAUAUCAAGCGUUUGAAUGGCAUUUAUGAUAACAACCUGUCCAAGGAUAAGGUCGAGUACUUUCAUGGUCACGCUAGCUUUGUCAACCCAAGCACGCUCAGUAUCAAGCUAAAUGACGAAAACGCACAACCGUUUGAAAUUCAAGGAAAGCAUAUACUUAUAGCCACAGGAAGUCAUUCUAUCAUUCCUCCUGUGCCCGGAGCUGAGCUAGGUAUCACAUCCAACGGUUUCUUCAAGCUUGACCAUCAGCCCAAGCGUGUUGCAGUUGUCGGUACUGGUUACAUUGCUAUUGAGCUUUCUGGUAUAUUUCAUUCACUUGGCUCUACUGUCACUGUAUUUUCUCGAACCAAACAGAUCCUCCGUAGGUUUGAUCCUGUCAUCAAAGAUAACCUACUUGCUCAAAUGCAACAUAUCGGCAUCAAUUUUGUACUUGAAUCAAGUGUCAAUUGUCUAAGAAAGACAGAUAACGGUAUCAUUGUGGAAUAUGACGUCAAGGGCACCAAAGGGGAACUGGAAACAGACACCGUACUCUGGGCUAUUGGUCGUGGACCUAAUGUGGAUGGCUUGAAUCUUGAAGCGGUUGGCGUUGAAAGAGACAAGAAGGGCCACAUUGUUGUAGAUGAAUAUCAAAACACAAAUGUAAAGGGUAUUUAUUCUCUAGGCGAUGUUGCAGGCAAGGCAGAACUGACUCCAGUGGCCAUUGCUGCAGCUCGUAAACUAGCUGAUCGACUAUUUGGAGGGCCAAAGUUUGCCGAUUCCAAACUCGACUACAUCAAUAUUCCUACCGUUGUUUUCGCUCAUCCUACAUGUGGUACUAUCGGCUAUACUGAGGAUGAAGCAAGAGAAAAGUUUGGUGAUAUCAAAGUUUACACUACCAAAUUCACAAAUUUGUAUUUCGGCAUACUUGAUGAAAAGGAGUCAACAGCUUACAAGUUGAUCACUGCGGGGUCAGAAGAGAAGGUCGUUGGCCUUCACCUCUUUGGCCGUGAUAGUGAUGAGAUCCUUCAAGGGUUUGGUGUAGCCAUACGUAUGGGCGCAACAAAGGCUGAUUUUGAUAACUGCGUUGCUAUUCAUCCUACAGCUGCUGAAGAACUAGUUACUUUACGCUAA